AUUUUCCAUUAUUUGUUUGUUAAGUUAAUAAUAACAAUAGCACAAUAAAGUCAUGUCGCGCCAUAGAGCUGUUCGUAACCUUGAUCUCGAUGACGUACUCGAUGAUGAAUACGAUGACGAUUAUAACGAGAAUGCAUUGGAUGAAACCGAGCUUUCCAAUGAAGAUCUCGAGGCAUUGGACGAGGGCCUCUCGUAUGUUUACAGUAUAGUCGGAGACAACUGCCCUCUCACUGACGUAGAGAUCAAAGAAGCGCUGUGGUAUUAUUAUUUUGACAAAGAAGAAACUAUAAACUGGGCAAUUUCAACUAUAACCGAACGUAAAGCAAAGGAAGAAAAACUCAAAGCCAAGGCAGCCAAGGCCGAGGCUGCAGUUGCAUCAAAAGCCUCUAAAGUAAAUCAACAAAAAGAAGCCAGUCAGAAAAAAACAGUUAAACCCAUUAAACCACAAGUUACCACUCACAAAGAUGAUGAAGAUGUUGAAUAUUUGUCUGACGAUCCUAAUGAUCAACUCUCGCAAGACAUGGUUGCUCUUGGACUCGGAGAUAUAAACGCAUCGGCAAAGCGAGUGGCACAAUCCAAAAUCAAAGAGGCAGGAUCGAACAUUUCUACACCAAAUGGAACACCUGUUGAUUCUCGCGCUUCAUCCCCACUUGUAAAAAUACAUCCAUCGAAGCGCAUCGAUGUGCUUGAGGAAUAUGCAAAGCGAUCGGGUGAGAAGCCAAAACUGAACUUGGUAGUUAUUGGCCAUGUUGAUGCUGGAAAGUCUACACUGAUGGGCCAUUUCUUGUAUGCUCUUGGUCAAGUUAAUGAACGUACAAUGAAGAAAUACGAAAGAGAUUCACACAAACUUGGCAAGGGGUCAUUUGCGUUUGCUUGGGUAUUAGAUGAAACCGGCGAAGAAAGAGAACGUGGUAUUACUAUGGAUAUUGCCAUGAACAGCUUUGAGACAGAGCAUCGCAAAUUUACCUUGCUAGAUGCUCCUGGUCACCGUGAUUUCAUUCCAAACAUGAUUUCAGGCACAGCACAAGCCGAUGUUGCCAUACUUGUCGUAGAUGCUACCACAGGUGGAUUCGAAUCCGGAUUUGAUGCAAACGGUCAAACAAAAGAGCACGCUUUAUUAGCUCGUAGUUUGGGUGUGCAACAGAUGAUAAUAGCCGUGAACAAAUUGGAUGUUAUGGCAUGGAGCAAGGCUAGGUUUGAUGAGAUUGUCGCCAAACUUGGAUCAUUUUUGGUUCAAGCAGGCUUCCGUAAAUCCAAUUUGACAUAUGUACCUGUCUCAGGCUUGACAGGAAACAAUCUAAUUGAACGCAGUAAAGAUGCUGAACUACUUUCAUGGUAUAAGGGCCCUUGCUUAUUGGAAUGCGUUGACACGUUUAAGCCCGCAGUGCGUCUUUUGGACAAACCAUUCCGUAUGGGAGUCACCGACUUCUUCAAGGGUGGAAUUGGUAGUGGAGGAGGCGUAUCUGUUGCAGGACCUAUCGAUUCUGGUAGUCUUCAAAUUGGUGAACAAGUCAUGGUAGUCCCUGGAGGCGAGAUGGGUAUUAUUAAAGCUAUGCAGGUUAACGACGAGCCAGCAAAUUGGGGUGCUGCUGGUGACUCUGUACUAAUGACUCUUUCUGGUCUGGAUAUUAUGAAUCUGAGUACUGGAUGUGUCCUUUGUUCACCUCUUCAUCCAGUCCCUGUGACCUCAAGCUUUGUUGCGCAGAUCAUUGUGUUUGAUAUCAAGGUUCCAAUUACAUCUGGAUUUCCUGUUAUUCUUCAUCACCAGAGUCUGAAUGAACCUGCUUCAAUUACAAAACUUUUAUCAACUAUUGAUAAAUCAACAGGCGAGGUUCUCAAAAGAAACCCAAGACAUAUAUCAAAGGGAACAACUGCUACUGUCAAAGUCCAGCUAGCUAAUCGUGCCGUUCCUUUGGAGAUGUUCAAGGAUAAUAAGCAACUUGGGCGAAUUAUGCUGAGAAAGGGUGGCGAGACCGUGGCAGCUGGAGUUGUUAUAGAAAUAUUGACCUAUGGAUCCUAAAGAGCUGUAUAAAAUACUAUUUUUCCUACUUAUAUAAUCAAAAGUCUACAUAUAUUACACACAAAAGAUCCGAUACUUUUGUUUUAAUCGAUUCACAAAAGCACAUAAAACAUGAGUGAAAUACACAAUGAAUAUCACACUUUUUGAAUUUGUUUCAAUCUU